UUUGCCAACAUGGCGGCUUGCGAAGAACUUCUCACGCAUGCCUUUCCAAACAUUGACGAGGAAGUGUCAACUUACGUGAAAGGCCUAUUGGAGGAUUGCUGUGAUGACUUUGAUACGGCAGAUGACCUGUUUGAUGCAGUGGGUAUUAUGCUGCUGCAGGCUGAUGGGGAGAAGUCGGAGGACGACGUCAUGGAGAUAUGUCAGAAACUCCACAGCCUCCUGGCAAGUGACUCUAGGAUAUCGAUGAACGGUCAGCACCGUGUCCUGGAUGCCCCCGUCCACAUCGGAUCCAAAUCCUUAGACUUGACCGAGAUGAACGAUGAGGACAGCAGCAUCUGGCUGAAGAAGAGGGACAUGGGCUCAAAAGUGAACCAGAAGAAGCUAGUGAAAGCUGAGGCGAUCAGACAAAAGAAGCUGGAUAAACGAUCUGAGAACCCGGUUAAACCUGCAGAGAUUGUGUUGGAAACUGCCAGUGCUAGUCAGCAGAUCAACAGGAAGGAUGCCAAGCUUGAUGCUUCAGGAACUAACCGCAGCUACGACAUCCGUAUAGAAGACUUUGAUAUAGCAUUUGGGGAAAGGGUGCUGAUGACUGGGGCAAGUAUCCAUCUGAUAACUGGACGCAGGUAUGGAUUUGUCGGCAGAAAUGGCCUCGGAAAGACCACACUACUCAAGAUGAUUUCCAGCAAUCAGCUGUUAAUCCCGUCCCACAUCUCAGUGCUGCAUGUUGAGCAGGAGGUGGUGGGGGACGACACCCUGGCCCUGCAGAGUGUCCUCGAGUGUGACGAGAGGCGAGAAGGACUGCUGAAUGAAGAACGCCAGUUGAACGUACAGCUUAACUCCACAGGUUCUGCAGCGGACAAAGAUGUUUCAGUGAGACUGAGUGAGAUUUACCGCGAGUUGGAGGAGAUUGAAGCGGACAAAGCCCCGGCCAGAGCAGCAGUUAUUCUGGCAGGUCUGGGAUUUUCGUCCGAGGGGCAGAGUAGGCCAACAAGAGAGUAUUCCGGAGGUUGGAGGAUGAGAUUAGCCCUUGCAAGAGCUCUCUUCACUGAACCAGACUUGUUGCUACUCGAUGAACCUACAAACAUGUUGGACAUGAAAGCCAUUAUAUGGUUGGAGAAUUAUUUACAGAACUGGCCAAAGACUAUUUUAGUAGUUUCUCACGAUCGGCUGUUUCUUGAUGCGGUUGCCACGGAUAUCUUGCAUAUACACUCACAGAGAAUAGACUGUUACCGUGGCAACUAUGAAGUGUUUCACAAAACCAGGGAGGAGAGAUUGAAAAGCCAGCAACGAGAAUAUGAAGCUCAGAAACAGUACAGAGACCAUAUACAGGUGUUUAUUGAUAGAUUCCGCUACAAUGCCAACAGAGCUUCACAAGUCCAGAGCAAACUAAAACUGCUGGACAAACUACCACCAUUAGUACCUAUUGCCAAGGAGACAGACGUUGUGUUGAAGUUUCCUGAGUGUGAGAAGUUAUCUCCCCCUAUCCUUCAACUGGAUGAACUGACCUUCUACUAUUCUAAAGACCAGCCAAUCUUCAACAAAGUGUGUGUCAAUGCCAACAUGGAUUCCAGGAUUUGUAUUGUUGGAGACAAUGGUGCUGGUAAAACAACGCUGUUGAAGAUCCUUCUUGGCGACCUUGACCCUGUGAAAGGUAUCCGCCAUGGCCAUCGUAACCUGAAGAUCGGCUACUUCAGUCAGCAUCACGUUGACCAGCUGGAGAUGAAUGUGACGUCGGUGGAGCUGCUGGCCGCAAGAUUCCCAGGCAAGAAUUCUGAAUAUUACCGGAACCAGCUUGGGUCGUACGGCGUGUCGGGUGAGCUGGCUACGAGGCCAGUCUCAAGUUUAUCGGGAGGACAGAAGAGUCGAGUUGCCUUUGCUGUCUUGAGUUUAGCCAGUCCGAACUUCCUAAUCUUGGACGAGCCUACAAAUCACUUAGACAUGGAGACAAUAGAAGCUCUAGGGGAGGCCCUGAAGAAGUUCAAGGGAGGUGUGAUACUGGUAUCUCACGACGAGCGGCUGAUCAGGAAAGUGUGCAAGGAACUGUGGGUAGUGAAGGACAAGAACGUCGUGUCACUGGAGAAUGGCAUCGACGAAUACAAGGAGCUUGUCAAUGCAGAACUACAAGCACAAGUUUAGGAAAUGGAAGGAUCUGUGAUAUAUAUGAACUUUUAACUGUUAUGUGACUGAGGAAAUUGGUUGCAUGGCCCGAAAAUGUCCCGGAACCAUACAUAGUGUUCGGAAUGAGAACUAAACAUUUUUGUAACGAAGACUGAAAACAGCGUCUCGUAUAGUCAGACUGUGACCUUGGAAAACAAUGAUGCAAUUAUUGACUAGGUUGAGUCAGUGUCUCAAAUAUCUUUGGUCAAGAUGCAUUUAUGGUAGCCAUGGCAACGGUCUUCCAUGUUUGUGUCCAUGGAUACGGUGAAAGACACAGAUGACUUCACAACAUGAAGAAUCUGCUUCAUUGUGUGAAGCAAGUCCAUAAGUCACUUGUUAUGUCUGUGAAUGAACUUUCUGCACUGCAUGGAUGCAGUCUGUUUCCACGGGUGAUGGUAUCUAUGGUUACAUGGUUACCAUGGUGCAAUAUGGCACUUUUUGACCUGCUUGUUUUAUGAAGCCUGAUUCAGAAUUUGAUCGAACUGAAUCUUUUUUUGAGGACAGAUAGCUGAAGCUGCUGAUGCAGGGCUUAGUUUGACGAUGCACAUCUAUAAAUAACUAUAAAAUAUAUAAAAAAUAAUUUUUUUACAAGAUGUCUGUGUUCACCAGUGUCCUGGGCGGUGGGAUAGCCAAGUGGUUAAAGCGUUUGCCAAAGGCCAGGGUUCGUUUCCCAUAUGGGUACAAUGUGUUAAGCCCAAGUCUUGUGUCUCCCGCAGUGUUAUUUCUGGAUUAUUGUGUAAAAAGUGGCGUAAAACCAUACUCGCUCACUCUUCCAAUGUGCCCGGUCUCCCCGUAUCAUCAGUGCGUUGUAUUGGCUCUUGGUUCCAUUGUUAAGUUUAGAAUCAUAUCCUUUAUUUUGGCUUUAAUAACUCAAGCACCAUCAUCUCUCCCUGAACUUAUAUUAAGUAUUAGGGCUGGGAUGAGUCCAAAUUGUCUUCCCGGGUAUCCGGCCCCCUAUUACCCAACCCUACCCGGGCACCCAUUGUAGGUCUCUGGAGUUGGGAACAAAAUGUCUGAUUGGGAAUUGCUUCACUGCAGCCCUGGCAAAAGCUAUUUAUAAAACGAUCAGAUCAUGCGUACAAUGAAAUUGACUGAAGUUUUAUCUUUACUUAAACAAACUUAUACAAGCCGAAAGGAUUAUGUGCAUCGUCUGAAAAAAAUGUGAACAUAAGGAUCUUCUAGUGUAACGACUAAGCUAUUGUGAGUUUUUGUCAUUAAAUUAUACAUCCGGAUAGUACUGUGGGUACCCGUGUCCUACUCAGGACCCACCCGACCCGAGUACCUGAGUUACCCGUCCCAUCUCUAUUUAGUAUUUGUUUGUCCAUGUUCAGCAUCAAACAGUUGUUGUGUAUGCAGCCUCAACAUGGUCUUAACAGGCUUCAUAGCAGGCAAGGUCCUAUUGUAAUAAAAUGCAUAUACAAACUGAA